GCAAUGUCAGCUCACCGAGUGGCAGUGUCACUGCCAAGAAUCGGCGUCACAAUUGGUCACGCACCACAAAAGCUGAAAACCGGAGGAAUUGAGCCAAGCCGUCGUGCUCGUCUCGAAGUGCUCCGUCGCAUCGUCACCCGAACUGUCCGUGAGGAACGCGCCGAGCUGAAAUGGAACCGCGCCGUCGAGGCCAGGCCAUAUUUGGAGAGGCUAAUUCAAUUGGGUGUCGAAAGAGGACCACUUGACGAGUAUACAGCCGAAAUGAUGGAAUGGUGGCUGCCUGAGAAGGAUUUAAUUACGAAAAUGCAUGAAGUAAUUGUUCCACGAUUCCAAGACCGCGAUUCUCCAUUCACAUCACUAUUCCGACUUCCACCACAACGUCUUCAACAAUUUAUCCAGAAUAAGCGAGAAGUCUGGAAGCGAUACGAUAUCGGAGUUCUGGAAAUCGACGGAAAUCCAUUUCCACAAAUACAAGCAGACCGCGUAGAUCAAUCUGAAUCAAUUCUUGAUGUUCUUCUAGCUGACGCCCUUCGGAAUCACCAGAAGAAUCUUCAGGAAAAGCUGGAUACUCCGAAGAAAUCUCAAUGAAUUUUUAUUAUUUUUUUUGUUUUUGUUUCGCUAGAAUCCUAGAAUUUUUGUUUCUUUAUAUAUUAAACUUUG